AUGGUUCGUACUUUGAUGGAUCGACGAAAUUGGUUGAUGAAGAAUAAACAUCUCUGUGCAUAUGAGUUAGCUACUUAUUCGAAGCAUAUUCAAGAAUGUCAUGGCGAAUUAUUGAACCCAACGAAAUCGACAGUACCAUCUUCAACAAUAUCAUCUUCAACAAUACCAUCUUCAACAACUUCCAUAACCGGUAAAGAAACCGAAGUUGUUGAAGACGGUAUUGUUGAAGAUGGUAUUGUUGAAGAUGGUAUUGUUGAAGAUGGUGCUGCUGACGAUGUUAAUAUUGAAGAUGGUACUGUUGAAGAUGAUGAUGAAGAUGGUGCUGCUGAAGAUGAUAAUAUUGAAGAUGAUGAUGUUGAAGAUGGUACUGUUGAAGAUGAUGCUGAUUCGGAAUCAGACAAUAGUGAUGUCGAAGAAAUUAAAAUUGCUCAUUUGAUGGAAAUGGAUCGCCUUAGUGGAUGUAUUAUUGAUAAAUAUGUUUCCAUAUGUCAGCGAAUGUCAUUGGAUUUUAAUGUGACAUACAAGAUUCACAAGAUUCUUCAUUAUGCCGAAGCUGUUAGAAGAUUUGGGCCACUUCCCCGAAAUUCGACGCUUAGGUAUGAACGAUGUCACCAGAAUUCGAAGAAAUAUGGACGUAAUAUGAAUAAUUGGGUGGCUCCAGCUCAAUCAUUGAGUCAACGGCAAGCUUUGAGGCAAACACUAUCGUUUCGUUUGUCCAAAGAUGGAAGAGAUGGUUGGAUCGAAGAUGACAUCAUCGACGAAGAAAUGGCCAAGUCCAUGAAGCUCACCAAGGCUAAAUCAGAUCAAGCACCUUUUUCCUUGAAGAAGAAUGUCCUGAGAAAAUUCAAGUCACGAGGGUUUCAACAAAAACAUUGGCUCCUAGUCGAUAAAUUUUUGAUCAAUCCUCAAACACAACAAAUUUUCUGUGAAGGAAGCCUUUGGUGUCAGAAAGAUGAAGAUUCUAUCUACGGUAUGUACAAAACAGAGAAGUAUUUAAAUAAAAUAAUCAUCAAUAUGGAAUCUUUGUCACAUCAAAAUGACUUUUUAUUCCAUAAAGAUGAUUAUUUUAUUAAUCGAUUAAGUUAGUAUAUUUAUUAUUAUUCUUAUUAAUGAAAAAAACAAAAAAAAAACAAAAAUC